CUGCCGUCAGACGCGACGCGGCGUGAAUUGGUACACAACUCCAACGUUCAGGACACAAGAAAGUUCUCGUUAUCAUGGGCGAGAACCUUCGUGUACCGUUCUCUAAGGAGCAUGAUGCGUACUUGGUGAAGUAUCUUGCCAGGUAUUGCCCGACUAAGCAGAACCGUGCAGGGAACAAAGUAUACAAGGACCUUGUGGAGAACGUUGACGGGGACUGGCCGUGGGCUAGACAUCAUACCUGGCAGUCAUGGCGAGAACGAUACAAGAAGCAUGCUGAGCACUUUGAUGUAAAGAUAUCAAGGUACCAGGAGACACAUGGGAUCCGUCCCAGCGAUUCGGACGAUGAACGUCCAGGAGCGAGGAGAAUAAAGCGACCCAGAGUUGUCAGUUCAUCCCAAGCGUCACAGAUAUCCCGUAAACGAGUGAUUGAGGAUAUAACACCCGAGAAACAGCAGCCUCCGACCAAACGACCAAAGGUAGCAAGUGGCAGCACCAAAGCUGUAGAGGGUAGUGUGCGUCGCCCCGUACCCCCAAUCAAGCGGGGUGAGCCAGUCCCGGACUCUGCAGACAGAAGAUCGAAACCCGAAAGUUCUAACUCCCGAAUAGAGACAUCGCGGACCAGUCCUCCACGUGAACUCGACCCGCCGUCGGUCCAGCCUUCUCCCGAGCGUGAAAAUUUUCUCUCUCCGAGGGUUCGUGCCAUGACAAAUGGAAAUAAGGACAAUCGGCCUCCACCGGGGACCCCACUACAACACAAGAGCCAAAGUACUGCAAAGUUGAAUUCUCCCGCCCGCCGUCCUCUGAAAAAACGACACCGUGAGCCCCUGAACCCCUUUCGCUUCCACACCACCCACUCCACAGACCGUCGUGGUAAAUUCUCCAAUUUCACCAGACCAAACUCCUACACGUGCCCCUCCGCGACUUGUGAACACGCUAGGCAGAUCGUGUUUGGUGGAUCAGAGUGGCCGUGCACCGAAACGAUAUACCGGAAGCAGCGACGGGGACGGAGGUGAGCAGAAUGACGUAGUCGAGAGAUGGCCACCUAUCCGAAGAGCGAAAGGGAAGGAACGUGCUGAUACGACUCGCCUUUCUCAUAUGACUGGUCAACAUCACCCUUUUAGCCAAAUCCAGAAAACUAGUGGAACGGAAGUGAACGUCAAUGCAGCUGAGCGACAC